GGCAGACAUUUACUGCUCGUCAUUAAAUACACCAUAUGUUCCACUCUCACUAUAAAUUAAUAUGCUCCGAUUUGUAGAAUCAUACUUAUAUCUACAACCAUGUUUUACUGUGCUGCCUUCCUCGUACUUUCACUUAUAGGAAUCCAGGUUUCUGCGGAACCAUUAGGACGCGAACAGAAUGUGUGUAGGUUGCCAGCAAGUUCCGGUCCUUGUUAUGCAUACUUUGAAAAUUAUCACUUUAACACGGGAUCUGGGAAAUGUGAAAAGUUUGUUUAUGGUGGUUGCCUAGGAAACGCCAAUAACUUCAAAACUUUAAUGGAAUGUGAAAGAAAAUGUAUAGGUAAUGUAUUUAGUAAACGCGAUCUGCGCGAAAUUCUUAAGCGCAAUGUACCACAAGUUCGUCAGUGAUAUCUACGCAAGACCUGGAAGGACCAAUCAUAGACUCGAUAAUAUAAUACCAAUAGCACUAUAAAGUUGACUUGGAUAUCGACUCCUUACACGGCUGCUAAACUGAAUGGAAAGAGGCCACUGACUUGAUUUUGUAAAUAAAAGAUUAAUCAAAGUAA